CUCUUCAAUGUCCUCAACUCCACGGAAUAAAAAAGGCCGUAAAUCAACGGGCGCAAGAACGCCGGGAUCUUUGUCGCCAUCACCCUAUCCACGUUUUGCGCCCGGUAGUCCUUCCUCACCUACCCCCCUUGCUGUUCAGUCACCAGCGCCAACUGAACUCCAAACGGCCUUCGCUGUCAGUCCUUCGCCCCCACCGUCCUCUGCGAAUGCCCGGCCUCAUCACCUUCGUGUUCUUGUGAAUGUUGCGGAUGCUGCAGAGCAUGGAUGGAGGGCUGGCGAAGAGGUGUGGGUGGAGCAGUGGCGGGAAUCCAAAGUAAUGUCGGGCAUGUCCUGCGCAAAGGCAAUAGGCAUUGUCUGGCCAUCGAUGACUGUUCCUCGUCAAACUAUUCAGUUGGGAGCUGUCUUAAGGCAAAGCGCAAAUCUUGAGCUGGAAGCGAAAGCGAGACUAACGGUGGUCGCUGCACCGGUAGCUGAAGCACACAGAAUAUCUCUCCGGCCAUCUGCAACUACGAGCUUUCCUAUUGAUGAUAUGCUUUCAAUAUAUGCAAAAGAGAUGCUUGUUGACCUCAAAUACGUUGUACAAGGAAAUAACGUCGAAUUCCAUUACUAUGGCAAACUGCGGCAAUUCACAAUAGAAAGUGUUAGACUUGAAGGGGACAAUGGCCAACAUGUCUCGUCAGUACCUUGCCGGAUUUCGCGAAGAACCCAGGUGUCAAUACUCCCGUUUCAACAGGCAGACCCAGUAGAGGACUUACGACCCAAUAUUUCAUAUGAUUCAAUUGGCGGACUAGCCGAGCAGAUGAAAAUCGUGCGUGAAAUGGUGGAAGUGCCGCUGCAAAAUCCAGCGCGCUUCACACAAUUUGGAUUGCGGCCUCCUCGGGGUGUAUUGCUGUAUGGCCCUCCAGGCACAGGCAAGACGUUAAUUGCUCGCGCUGUGGCUGCGGAAACGAGAGCGCAUGUAAUUACUGUGAACGGCCCGGAGGUCAUCAGCAAAUACUUUGGAGAGACAGAGGCUAGGCUCCGGGACAUUUUCGAUGAAGCAGCACAGAAGGCGCCUUGCAUAAUCUUCAUUGACGAGAUCGAUGCCUUGUGUCCGAAACGUGAUUCCUCGGCCAGUGAACUCGAAAAGCGCAUUGUCGCCACAUUGCUAACGUUGAUGGAUGGAGCGGAUGUAGCGAAAUUAGCCAAUCCAAGUCGCGUCGUGGUAAUGGGAGCAACAAAUAGACCAAACUCUAUUGAUGAAGCCUUGCGAAGACCUGGCAGGUUCGACCGAGAAAUUGAAAUCGGUAUACCUAGUGCCGAGGCCCGGCUGGAAAUUUUGACAACCCUCCUUCGGCGCGUGCCCCACACCUUAACUGACAGCGAAAUAUCCCAAAUUGCUGCCUCUACGCAUGGAUAUGUCGGUGCCGAUCUCGCUGCUGUUUGCCGAGAAGCGGGGUUGAAAACCAUUCAUCGAGUCACGUCGGACAUGUUGGGUUUACCAUCUCACGUAUCAGAUACAGAAGAGCUGUGUAUCAAUGCCGACGAUGUUGCGGCUGCAAUGAACGAAAUUCGGCCCAGCGCCAUGCGGGAGAUCAUGCUUGAAGUGCCCAAAGUUCUUUGGUCGGAUAUUGGAGGCCAGGAAGAGGUAAAACAGAAGUUAAAAGAAGCAGUCGAAUGGCCUUUGAAGCAUCCGGAAGCAUUUUUGCGAUUCAACAUUCGCCCACCCAAAGGCAUCUUGCUGUACGGCCCACCAGGUUGCAGUAAAACUCUUAUGGCAAAGGCAUUGGCUACCGAAGCGGGAUUGAACUUUAUCGCCGUCAAGGGCCCAGAGCUCUUUAGCAAAUGGGUCGGAGAGUCGGAAAGGGCAGUACGAGAAGUAUUCCAUAAAGCGAGGACGGCAUCUCCUUCUAUUGUCUUCUUCGACGAGAUCGACGCGUUGGCGGUUCGGCGAGGAGGUGAAGAAGCAUCUGUUGCUGAUCGGGUACUGUCACAACUGCUCUCGGAGAUGGACGGAAUUGAGCCCUUGGUGAAUGUAACAGUAGUGGCAGCAACUAACCGGCCCGAUAUCAUUGAUAGCGCAUUGUUACGACCUGGUCGAAUCGACCGAAUAUUAUACGUAUCUCCGCCGGACUACCGCUCACGAAAAGAGAUAUUUAGAAUACAAAUACGUCGGGUGGCAUGUGGAAUCGACGUCGAUGCCGAUAAGUUGGCGAAAAUGACGGAAGGAUACUCUGGCGCCGAAUGUGUCGCAAUAUGUCAAGAAGCAGCGAUGGGUGCCAUGGAAGAAAAUGUGGAAGCGUCCGAGGUGCACUUCCGACAUUUCGAAAAAGCCAUCCGCAGCGUCACUCCCCGUAUUACUGACGAGAUGAUUCAGUUUUAUGAUCGCUUCCGGAUGCAAUCCGGGUUAAGAAGUGUAUAGUAUUUACAAUAUCGACAAUUUAUGGUCAGGGAAUAAUAUGUGCGUUCUACGCUUGUCCAGCCUCGA